UUCACAUACCGCCACACAGACACUGAGGACAGGUGUGCGACUGGCACGACAUUGGUCGCUGGCAGCAAAGGAAUCCCACUGUGCUUGUGUAACUUUGCUGGAGGGAAUAUCAACCUGUGCAAUGCAGUAGCUCUUACUCUCAUCACCGGCACAAUAGAGAUAAUAUGAUCUAUUCGACAAUGGAAACACAGGCACACAUGGAAAUGGCGCACGAAGAGAUGCAAGAGGAGAAAAGCAAGGAGCUGGUGGACAAGGAGGAACAAUUCCUGAAAGAGCUCUACCUUUUCAUGAGGAAGAGAGACACACCAAUAGAGAGGAUCCCACAUCUGGGCUUCAAACAAAUUGACCUAUUUGUGAUGUUCAACACUGUCAGAGACUUGGGCGGAUACCACCAGGUAACUGCACAGCAGCUGUGGAAACAAGUUUACAACAGACUUGGAGGAAAUCCCAGAAGCACCAGCGCAGCCACGUGCACUCGCAGACACUAUGAAAAGUUGCUCCUGCCUUACGAGUGCCACAAGAAAGGCAUCUUGAUGAACAUGCUGCCUCAGCAUCAGUCGAAGCUCCUGAUUGAGUCCAGCUACAGCAAAGACGAGAAUGACGGCCAGAGACCUGCCAAACGCAAACUCAUUUCUGUGCCACUGCACCAGAGCACUCCUAAACUGCAUUCAGAUCCACGUGGCAACAUCUUCCCUCUAACACUCCACUACCCUCAGUACCAUCACCCCAGUCACCCAGCCCUGCCCGUGUACACCCCUAUCUCCUCCUCCGCUCCGGUGAUGACACAACUUAGCCCCCCUUCCCCCGAGCCCCCGUUCACUCUACAUCCGUCUCGUCUCAACCCGACAGACAGGGUCAAGGAGCCGCUGGAGCACCUGCGCCACCUGGCAGAGCAGUACAAGAGCUCGUCUGGACUCAUGGAACCCCUGAACCUCAGCAUCAAAGCAUCGAGCCAUGAGACCAUCACAAACCCCACCUCAUCUUUCACCCCACCUUCAUCGAGCAAGAGCCCGAAGUUUUUAAAUAAACCAUCUCCUCUGUACGCUCACCGUCACCCACCGGUGGUGAGAAAUGAAGGCGGCGAAACACAAGACGCUGAGGCGGAAGUUGCACCACACUCAGUGAAAGAGGGAGGAGCAUAUGUUGUCGACGACACAGCUGUAAAAGCCACGAGCAGCCCCAUGCAUGACUUUACUCCCACGCUGAGGGCAGAUGGAGGCGCCACAGCAGCAGCAGCAGCAGCAGCAGCACAAAAUCCCAGCUCUCCACAAGGCAACUUUCCAAAUCAGCCAAAGGAAGAGGCGAAGAGCAACCCGGAGGCAGCAGCGAUGAAUCUCAACUAUAUGGUGCCAAAUGUCCCUCAAAACAAUGGCGGUAAAAUGGAAAUUGAGAUUCCACUGUCUAUGCUUCACACCUGGCUCAGGCUGUGUGGGUCCUCAGCCAUGGUGCAUGCAGCGAAGCAGUUUCAUGCUGGUCCACCUCCGGAAGAACAGCCCAGAGAAAGGGCUUGCUCGGAGGCAGACAUCCAACCGACCAACCUGUCACUUCGCACGGCUCCCCAACACUGGCGCCCAGCUGCUGCUGAUCUACGGAUGAGGCAGAGGAAUAUGCAAAGCCCCACACCAACCCCACAGACAGUGCCAACUCAUCCCAGUACAAACCUAAAUCAUUUCACCAGCUUCAAGUCUUUACCUUCAGCUGGCCUCCUAAAAAACCCAGCGGGCCGAGAAGUCUUUCCAUUUGACCAGCGAGACAUCGUCCAGUCCCACGGCUCCAAAUCGUCAAAUUCCUGGGAUGCCUAUGACAAGGAAACCCAAGUUGCCCACGUCAAAGUGAAAACUGACACCAGUCCCCGCAGAGUCCAGCAAGACUCUCCAGCCGCACGGUCCCACUAUGAAGACGCACACAAGGCAGGGAGAGGCAGGUCAGAGGUCGCGCCUUCAUCUGUGUUCAUGAUGAAUCCCAGCUCUGCACUCUUUCAUCUCACCACUGAAGAGGUCAUGAAGCUGAAGAAGAUCAUCUCCAGCUCAUCAUGAAGAUCCGUAUGGAUAAUGACUCUGACACUCCAAUAUCACAUUUAAGCUAACUCUUCAUACAGUAUGGUGCAGUGACGUGCGGUGAGGUUCAUGACUGGGGAGGCACUGACUGCUCUGGAGUCGGAUGUACAAAUAAUAUGAACCCAAAAUAGAAGCUUAUAUUUCAAUUUUGACUUUUGACAAUUUUAAUUGAAACAUUUAGUUUAU